GCUGGGUUCAGUCACUGCGGCUCGUUCAGGGUGUGAGGAGCACUGCCCAGGCAGGUGGGCAGGAGAGUGGGCAGGAGCAUGGGCAGGAAAGACCCUGCAUACCCGGGGCGCCAUCGGCGAGGGCACCUGGUGGCUCUGACCCUGAGCUUCUUUCUCACCUGCUGGCCAGGCCCCACUGCAUCAACGGCAUCAACCCAGUCCUUGACAACACCAGGCAGCAACACCCACAUCACACCGGGGAAUUCUAGACCCACAGGAGCCACAGAAUCAACCAACAUCAGCAAAACCAGUGCUUUAACUUCUGGAGAACAAAGGAGUCCUGGGAACAUCAACCUUACCAGUGUUUCAGGAGUGACACCCACAUCUCCUUCUGCCAUCUUUGUCCCAAAAGACACCACCAAUCAUCCAACAAUGGCUGAAAAUGAGACUAAGGGAACUUUGAGUGCCUCUAUAGCUCCACCUGAGACCUCUGUUACUGAAAGAAGAAACAGUUGGGAUAUCACCUCUAACACCUUAGAUUUGAGCACUGUUGAAAGCCAGGAAGAAAGUUCUACUGUGGUCUCUCCAUCACACACAGCAGGGGAGGUCAGAAGUCCUGACACCACUGCUAAUGGGUACAGCCCCAGCACAACUGCCCUUGAGAGCUCAAACAUCUCCAGGACACUAGAUUCCAACACCUCAUCAGAAGAAAUGUGGACCAGCGCAGGUACAAGUGAACCCUCAGCUGAACCCCAGUCCACCUGGGGGGCACAGACAAGUCCUACAGAGGGAACAUUGGCCAUGAAGACAGGCCCUAUCCACACCUCCCUUAGUAUCUGGGUGGUUUCUGAGUCCACUGAGCCAAGCACAAGCUUCACUGAAACAGCAUCACCUGGAGAAACAUCUUCAGACACACCCACCCUAGAAGCCACAGCUGGCCCAACCCCUGAGGAGACGACACCUUCCACUGAGAUCACACGCACAGGUGACAGUGACACAAGGACCAGCCAGGAUACAACACCCCUACCUACAGCAGCCACAACUCCAUCUGAAACAGCUGUAGGUUUGACUCCUGCCCUCGGUUCUGCCCCGGUGUCCAUGUGGAGAGCAGUGACCAUGCUGGAUCCUGGCUCAAGUGCUCCAGGAAGGACAACCCCAAUAUCCAGCAAGACGUCUUCCAAAAUGCCUGGGAAGCCAGAUUCUAAGGAGGGAACCAGCCAGGUUCUGACUGUAUCCAAAGCUGAGUAUCACUUCUCCUCUCCUGACACCAGCCCACCAGGAGACCUCAUGACCCCCACCAGCGUUCCUCUGUUCUUGUCCACCUCCAUUUCUGAUCCUACAAGAUCACCGUCCAGCCCAGCUUCAGACCACAGGGUCGCCUCCUCCAAGGACACAGAGACUCCUGGGAGCACAGAAAGGACAGAGUCGAACCCAGCUUUUCCUCUUUCCGAAACAUCAAGUCACACAGAAACCAGGGGUGAAAGAGUCAGAGGUAUGACUUCCCCUCUGGGCCACCCAUUUCCCUCAGGGGAAGGGACAACAAGGAGUGUCUUCACACCUAGCACAUCCCCUGAUGCCACAGACUCACCCGGCAUCUCCACAGCCAGCACCUUGGCUUGGGAAGGGUCAUCUGAACCAGGCACCCUCAGCAGCCUCCAGGUUCCAAGAGAGAAAACCACAUCCCCUUCCACCACCGCCGUCUCAAAGGAGACCAAUAUCCAUCCAUCGUUAACUGGAAAUGAGACCAAGGAGACCUUCAGUGGAUCUUCAGCUCCCCCUGAGGUCUCUGCUCCUGAAAGGGAGAGGAACGGGAUGACCACCUCUGCCCCUUCCCCAAAUUUGAGCACUACCGACAGCAGAGAGACAAGUACAACUCAGGUCUCUCCAUCACCCCCAGGGAGGGAGCUCAGAAGCCCCCACACCGUUUCUGAAAGACAUAUCCCCAGCACAGCUCCCCCUGAGAGCUCUGACUCCCCCAGGACUCCUGUUUCCAGCACCUCAACAGAAGCAUCACGGAGCAGUGCAGGCACAGAUCAACACUUACCUGGAUCCCAGCUCACCAGGCGGACAGAGACAAGUCCUGGAACAAAGACGCUGACCAGUGAAACUGGUCCUGUCACCAUUUCCCCUGGUACCUGGGGAGCUGUUGGCUCCACCACCCCAAGGUCAAGCUCCACUGAAACAGCAUCACCCAGAGAAACAUCUUCAGACACUCCCAUCCCAGAAGCCACAACCAGACAAACCACUAAAGAGUUUACGUCUCCCAUGGAGAUCUCACGGACAGGUGACAGGGACACAAGGACCAGCCAGGAUACAACCUACCUAACUAGCAGAGACACAGCUUCCUCUGAAACAACUACACACUUGACCCUGGCCACCAGCAACGUCCCAGUGUCCAUGGCUACAACAGUGACCACGGUUCCUCCUGGCUCCAGUGCUCCCGCAGGGACAAGCCCCACAAUAAGCAAGGUUUUCUCCAAAAUGCCUGAGAUGUUAUCUACAAGGAAGCAAGAUUCUAGGGAGGGAACCAGCCAGGUUCUGACCCCAUCCAACCCUGGACAUCAGUACUGGACAUCCAACCCUGGACAUCAACCCUCUCCCAACAGUACUCCUGCAGGAGACAGCAGGAUACCCACCAGCCCUCCUCUGCUGUUGUCCACCUCAGCUCCUGAUGAUACAACAUCACGGAUCAGCGCAGCUUCAGACCAUAUGGUCACCUCCUCCAUGCACACAGAAACCACAGCAAAGACAGAGCCCAGCUCAGCUUUCUCUAUUUUCCAAACACUAACUGAUGCAGAAACUGGUGCCCAAAGAGUCAGAGGUACAACUUUCCCUCUGGGCCUCCCAUCUCCAUCAGGGGAAAGGACAGCAAGGACUGUCCUCGUGCCUAGUACAUCCCCUGAUGCCACAGACUCAUCUCCCAUCACAACAGCCAGCACCUUGGUUUCGGAAGUUUCAUCUGGUCUGGCCACCCUCAGCAUCACCCAGGUUCUAGGAGUGAAAACUACAUCCCCUUCCACCACCUCCGUCUCAGAGGAGACCAGUACUCAUCCAUCUAUGACCGAGAAACAUACCAGAGAACCUUUGACAGCACCUGUGGCUCCAUCUGUGACCUCUGCUCCCGGAAGGGAGAAUAAUUUGGCCACCACUUCUGCCCCCUCCCCAGGCUUCAGUUCUAUGGACGGCAAGGGGACAAGCUCAAUUCAGCUCUCAAAAUCCCAUCCAGAAUGGGAGCUCAGAACACCACACACCACUUCUGAAAGACACAGCCCCAGCACAACUGCCCCUGAGAGCUCAAACAUCUCCAGGACACUUGAUUCCAGCACCCCAUCAGAAGAAAUGUGGACCAGCGCAGGUACAAGUGAACCCUCAGUUGAACCCCAGUCCACCUGGGGGGCAGAGACAAGUCCUACAGAGGGAACAUUGGCCAUGGAGACAGGCCCUAUCCACACCUCCCUUACUCACUGGGUGGUUUCUGAGUCCACUGAGCCAAGCACAAGCUUCACUGAAACAGCAUCACCUGGAGAAACAUCUUCAGACACACCCACCCUAGAAGCCACAGCUGGCCCAACCCCUGAGGAGACGACACCUUCCACUGAGAUCACACGCACAGGUGACAGUGACACAAGGACCAGCCAGGAUAUGACCUACCCAACUAGCAGAGACACAGCUUCCUCUGAAACAAUUACACAUUUGACCCCAGCCAUCAGCAGUGCCCCAGUGUCCGUGGCUACAGCAGUGAUCACCAUGGCUCCUGGCUCAAGUGCUCCAGCAGGGACAAGCCCAACAUCAAGCAAGCUUUCUUCCACAAUUCCAGAAGUCUUAUCUACAGGGAAUCCUGAUUCUGGGAAGCCAAGCAGCUGGGGUCUGACUCCAUCAACUUCCAGACAUCAUUUUUUGUCUUCUGAAUCCAGCCCUGCAGGAAAUAUCAUGAAAAGCACCAGCCCUCCUCUGUUGAUGUCCACUUCAAUUCUUGAUGGUACAGCAUCAGGCCUCGGCACAUUCUCAGAUCUUAAGUUCACCUCCUCUGCGCACACAGAGACCCCUGAGACCACAGCAAAGACAGAGCCCAGCUCGGCCUCCCCUCUCUCCAGUACACUCAGUAAUGCAGAAACAAGUACUGAAAGAGUCAGAGGGUCAGUGGCAACCACCACCACGGAUCUGGAGGAACCUGGAGGCACCACACAGCCAAUGGGUCGCUUCACAUCUCUGAAGACCAUCAGUCUGGGGCCAGAUGAGUCUGUGGCCACUAUCACCAGGGAGCCAAGUCAAGGAGAACGUGGAGGUGCCGCUCGGCCAACCAGUAAUCCUGCAUCUCUUAUGACUAUGAUCAGUGUGGAGAUCGUCGCUGGAAUCUUGUGUUGA